AUGUCAAUCGAACCUCGGUCCGCCGUAAGUCCAUCCUCGAUUGACAGAGUCGGUAGCAGACGACGUCGUGGGCCUGCGAUUUCCUCCGCAUGGUCCGUCGCUGGCAACCUAAACAAUGGUAAGACCAGAGGUCGUCCGGGGGCCAGUCGAAUAACCCAAAAUGGACCAUUUUCAACUUUCUCGGUGCAGCCAAAAGAUAAACACACUGAAUCGUUACGUACCGAUCCAGAACGCACGGAACAGAAUCAUCAGGGGUUAAUCGAAAGGAACAGAACGAAUAGUACGCUUACCGGAGAUAGUGAAUCGCCCGCCUUGGCCCCUUCCUUCCAACCCCACAGCAGACCGACCAGACUGCAAUUACAAGUGCCUCAGCACUUAGGAGCGCCUGUACGACUAGCUACUCCGCCAACGGUUCUAGUGAGUGGAGAAAACGGAAGAUCUUCCGUCACAGCCGGCGAACAUGUACGUCAAGAUUUGAGCGAAAUUGAGAGAAGCCAGCAAAUUACUCAUAAUCGGCCCUUAUCUCCUGCAUAUGGGCAACGGCAAUCAUCAUCCGAAGUGGACUUCACACUCCAUGAUGUGGUUCAAGCCUUUUCGGUUCACGUACACCAAGGGACGCUUUUAAACCGGGACGUCCCCCUUAGUCGUAAAGAAUCGAAAACCAUCGCCGAAACGGUGCUUAGACAUGUGUUGACUGUGUGCAGCUCCGGCCUCCCGAGCAAUGUGAAGAAAAUCUACUGCGCAACGUGCCUUGGAGUUGGCUAUAAACUAGGGUUGGGAGGCUACCCCCCAGGACAACUUACUAUUACAGCAUACGCCGACAAUACCAAUAAGACACAGCUCGGGACUUCGUCCACAUUGGCGUCACCCUGGGCAGGGAGCUACUUGGCCUCUGAUCUAUUCGGCGGGUUUAAGUAUAUUCUUAGUUAUGGCCUCACCGUUUCAACUGGGCUUACGACACACACGACCAUUCCAGGCGGCCAGAAUGAGGAGCUACCACUUGCCCCUACAGUAAUGACUCUUUUGGCUGAUGACUAUCAAUCGGAUGAUGAUAUAAUCAAUGAACCUGCUACUGAAGCAAUAUGGAAACAGCGAUAUUUGAAUCUGCGGAAACAACACCGAAAGAAGGACCUGGCUCUUACCAACUACAAGAAGAAGAUCCUUGAGGCUGUGAUGGAAGGUAUAUAA